AUGGCCUCGUUGGCACUGCUCGCACCGGUGCUGCCUGACAUAGUCGAGAUUCCCCACUCCAGCAAGAGGCCACGGACCUGGAAGCAGGGCCGGGAGCAGAACUUGGCUUCGGCCUAUGUGGCAGUGCUGGUGGGACCCUGUUGGGCGAAGGCAAACAAGGCCAGGUUCAAGUUCUACACCCGCCAGUAUUCCAACUCCCUGAGCCCCUUCUACACGCUGCAGAAACCCACCUGCGGUUACCUGUACAGCGGCGCUGUCGACCACACCCGCAAGAUCUUGGACGUGCCUCAUGCCAACCUGGCCUUGUGGAAAUCUUAG